CUCUGUGUAUUCCAAGAACUCACCAUGAGGACCAGCCCUUCCAUGCCCUCUGAGGGAGCUCUAUCAAGAUGAAACUGAAAGGGAACAUUAUACUAAACCCACUUAGUUAUUUAGAAUAUAAUGGCCGUUCAAAUUUUAUUCCGACUUUAUUUUUUGGCACUUUUAUUUUGAUAAUAAAGAAACUAUAGUUUCGUGGGGCACUUUGGGUAAUUUAAGAUGGCGUUUUACUAGCAGCCCGUGGUUUUGCGCGACUUUUGAAAGUUGGAAGACGCCGAAUGUCAGCAAUUCUUCAACCGUUUUCCCUAAAUACAUGAAUGUAGUUUGCUUGGAAUAACGGGUUGUCUUUAAUAACCUUUUUAUUUACAAUGCCGUUUCUGUCACUCGUUAUUAAAUGAACUCUGAACACAAAUCUAAAUGAGUGGAUUCUUGGACGGAUUGUGUAUGCAAAUAUAUACCGCGGCCCUGUUUCAUGAAGCGGGAUUAAUUAGUUAUCUUGAUAAUUGCGCUGAUUGAAACCCGGAACAAAUCUGGAACAUGGACUGAAGUAAAAAGAGCUGUUGAUGGUUUUACUCAUCGUAGUUAUCCAGCUCAGUAAUCCUGCUUCGUGGAAUAUCACCCAGAUCUGGAUGGAUUGCGGAUUCAUCUACGGCUCGUUUGGAACAACGCUGACGAACCUGCUGCCUUUCCCGUUUCCUUAGGUUUUUGGGAAGACGGGGAAAUGGCGGGUGUCCUGAGGAAGCUGACGGCGCUCGUGCCAGGCCUGGGUUUGGCGCUGAUGCUGCUGCACCCGGGCGUGCACACCGGGACUGUAGUGGGGCAUAAAGAGCCCAUUCCUGGAGACAGUAAGGAUAACAUCACAAUUUUUACCAGAAUUCUAGACAGGCUACUGGACGGGUACGACAACCGGCUGAGGCCUGGGCUGGGAGAGAGCGUGACGGAGGUGAGAACCAACAUCUACGUCACCAGUUUUGGGCCGGUGUCGGAUACAGACAUGGAGUACACGAUCGAUGUGUUCUUCCGGCAGAGCUGGAGGGAUGAGAGGCUGAAGUUCGAUGGACCCAUGCACGUCCUUCCCCUCAACAACCUGCUGGCCAGCAAGAUCUGGACCCCAGACACCUUCUUCCAUAACGGCAAGAAAUCUGUCGCACACAACAUGACCACGCCCAACAAACUCCUGAGGCUGGUGGACAACGGAACCCUGCUGUACACCAUGCGGCUAACGAUCCACGCUGAAUGCCCCAUGCAUUUGGAAGAUUUCCCAAUGGAUGCUCAUGCUUGUCCAUUGAAGUUUGGAAGCUAUGCCUACACUAACAAUGAGGUGGUUUACCUUUGGACCAAAGGCCAGAACAUGUCUGUCGCAGUAGCGGAGGACGGCUCCAGGCUCAACCAGUAUGACCUGCUGGGGCAUGUUACUGGCAAAGAGACUAUCAGCUCCAGCACAGGUAACUGCUGCAGCCACACAUCUGCUGUAAAGACUGUGUGUGUGUGUGCGUGUGUGUGUUCAUGUAUGUGUGUGUGUGUGUCUGUGUGUUCGUGUGUGUGUGUGUGUGUCUGUGCAUUUGCGUGUGCAUGUGUGUGUGUGUGGUCGAAACUGGAAGGAGUCACCACCGUGCUGACCCCCUCUGCCCACCGGGUCACCACCGUGCUGACCCCCUCUGCCUGUGUCUCUGUCUCUCUCCCUACAGGGGUCACCACCGUGCUGACCCCCUCUGCCCACCGUGCUGACCCCCUCUGCCCACCGGUCACCACCGUGCUGACCCCUCUGCCCACCAUGCUGACCCCCUCCCUGCUCUGUCUCUCUCCCUCAGGUCACCACCGUGCUGACCCCCUCCCCACCGUGCUGACCCCCUCCCCACCCCCCGUGUCUCUGUCUCUCCCUACAGGGGUCACCACCGUGCUCACCAUGACCACCCUGAGCAUCAGCGCCCGGAACUCCCUCCCCAAGGUGGCGUACGCCACCGCCAUGGACUGGUUCAUGGCUGUCUGCUACGCCUUCGUCUUCUCCGCCCUCAUCGAGUUCGCCACCGUCAACUACUUCACCAAACGCAGCUGGGCGUGGGACGGCAAGAGGGAGGGGCAGGUCGUAAGGCCCUCGUGUGGAAUGCAGCAGAGUGGCACAGCGGAGGGGAGCGCCCCCUACUGGACACAGAGAAGAGAAUCUACGUCACUUUCCAAAAAGGCCAACAAUACGUUUAACAUCGUCGGAACGACCUACGCCAUCAACGUCGCCAAAGAUCAGGGUCUGACCACCAUCGCCAAGAGUGCCACCGCAGCCCCGGUGAAGUUCUCGCGCAUGGAAGAGCAGUUCAUUGAGGGGAAGAAGUCCUACAACCGCGUCAGCCGAGUGGACCAGAUCUCCCGCAUCAUCUUCCCCGUGCUCUUCUUCAUCUUCAACCUGGUCUACUGGGCCACCUACGUCAACAGGAAGCCCACCAUCAUGACAUCAAACCCACAGAAGUGAACUCUGAAAACCACCCAGUCAAUUCCAUGUAAGAUGCCACGUGUUGUCCAUGAGUUGCUAUUGUAUUUGUUUAACUUCAUUUUGAUAUUUGCCAGUCUCCAUAGGUUUAGCUACAGAUACUGUAGAUAUAUCUAUAUAGAUUUAGAUGGUCAUUUGUCAUUUUGUUUUCUUUGUCCGGUUGUUGUCGGGUGUGUUUAGCUCCUUCCAGAUUGCUCUGGUCACAUGACUCUGAGAGACGCUGCUCAGCCAUUGGCUGCCUGCCGCCAUAGUCAGCUCUUUCAGACCUCGGUAGCCAAUAGAAAGGGAAAGCUUCAUUAACAGCCUUCAGUCUCUGCCGCUUACGGUGUUGAGUCUCCUGCGGACUCGUGCAGUAUCACCAGGACCUGCUCGGGGCUCCAGCGGGGAUACCCCAUGCCAUCUCUUGUUCAGCGACACUUAUUGUUUUAGCAGCCUUAGUUCGCCUGGAGAGAAGGAGAGAUUAAAUGUGCCUUUCUUAGUCCCACAUCAAAAGUAGUCUUUGGCACAUGCUGUUUUCCUCGUGGCGAACCCUGCAUGCCCCCCUCACAUUCUAACCCUCACACACAGUGCAAGGCUGAUAUCACAUCCUAACCCUCACAUACAGUACAAGGCUGAUAUCACAUCCUAACCCUCACACACAGUACAAGGCUGAUAUCACAUCCUAACCCUCACACACAGUACAAGGCUGAUGUCACAUCCUAAUCCUCACACACAGUACAAGGCUGAUAUCAGUGCUACUGGAUACUGUCUAUCACAUCCUAACCCUCACACACAGUACAAGGCUGGUAUCACACCCUAACCCUCACACACAGUACAAGGCUGAUAUCAGUGCUACUGGAUACUGUCUAUCACAUCCUAACCCUCACACACAGUGCAAGGCUGGUAUCACACCCUAACCCUCACACACAGUACAAGGCUGAUAUCAGUGCUACUGGAUACUGUCUAUCACAUCCUAACCCUCACACACAGUGCAAGGCUGAUAUCACAUCCUAAGCCUCACACACACAGUGCAAGGCUGAUAUCACAUCCUAACCCUCACACACAGUACAAGGCUGAUAUCACAUCCUAACCCUCACACACAGUACAAGGCUGAUAUCACAUCCUAACCCUCACACACAGUACAAGGCUGAUAUCACAUCCUAACCCUCACACACAGUACAAGGCUGAUAUCACAUUCUAACCCUCGCACAAAAUACAAGGCUGAUAUCAGUCCUGCUGGAUAUACUACACAUGUCUUACAUUCAUGUGAUGUGGUUUGUUUUUAAUGAAAUUGCCCAAGAACAGACUUUAUUUAUUUAUUUACUUAUUUAUUUAUUGAUACCUGAUUACCUAUAUACACUAAAUCACCAUGAUCCUGCAUUAUUAUUUCAAUAAUUAUUAUGGAAGAAUAUUAUGAUUUUGGUGCCUGUAUUUUGUUUUACUCAGUGUUUUUGUUUUGUAUUCGUAGACAUUGGGCUCAACACCACUGAACUGGCUGAAGCAUCUUUAGAGCGAAUGCGUUGGCAGACCACUGUACACACAUUUCUCAUGGCUUAUGUAAGUGCUGCACACACAUGUUGCCAGCUGACUUGUUUUGAAAUAUGAUGAUACUGAUCCAUUUAGAAAAAGGCCACUGGGACAACGUCAGCUUUAUAAAUCAGAUCAAUGGCUGUGAGCAUGUAGGGAAAGUUAUAUCUCAGCUUUCAUUCAGAAAACAUUCACACAAUGUUUCCCUUUCUAAGGUCAUGCUUAUAGGACACCCAUAGCCAUAUACUCCCAUACCCACUCCUGAGUCCAUGGGAGUAGAGUAGUCUUUGGGACAGUGAAAGAACGUUCUCUAGCUUCUUUAUUUUUGCCCUUUUAUUUUUGGAAGAGUGAAAUGUGAAAGUUCAUUAUGCAGUGUGAAUAAUGUUCCUGUACCGAGCAGAGGUCACUGCAGGACAAUCGUGCCGUUUGUAUCUGUGGACGGCAGUGAAGGUCUGACUGUGCGUGGCUUUUUGUCUAGAGCUGCUCAUCCUCGUUUCUGAUUGGCUCACGCUCUGAUGGCUGUCAGGCCUCAGAGGGUGGUGCUUGGCAAGGGACACUCAUGUACAAAAGCGAAAAUAUAUAUAUAAAUGUAAGCUAUAUAUUUUCAUGAUAGUCGUACAUAGGAUGCACAUGUUUAUAGAUGAUAUACAAUCUCCACACAAUAUAUAAUCUUUCUGAUAAUAAUGAAGUAGGUAGUGGUAGAUUGGUAGUAGGCAGUAGUCAGCGAUAUAUGGACAUUGUGUGAGAGCAAAUGGCAAACACUAUAUUUACAUGUGAUUCUACACACGCAUAUAUUGUGCAUUUUGUAGAUAUUGUGAAUUCAGUGCAUUUGGAAAAUAAAUGGAAAAUGUCAUGUCCAGUGUGUCAUCAACGCAUUGAUGGGUGAUAUUUCAGUUGUGUUCUCGGAGGUCACUGACCCUGAUGUUGAAUAUUGACACUUGCGCAGCAUGUAUGGAGGGUUCCAUUCGUCAAAAUUAAGAAAAAAAUUGGAUUAUGAAUUAUGCAGCAAUCUUCUCUGGCCUGAAUAUGGCAGAGGUCAUAGCUUCGUGCUUUGUGUGUGCUAUUAUACUGUAUAUUUCUGAAUUAUAUAUUUUCACAUGCUUUUUUUUAAACACAAAGAAACUGUCUAGACUUCUACUGUGAAGGAACAGAUGGCAAAGGCCCAGGUUCAAUCUAACCACAACUGGCUCUGUUGUUUAAGGACACUUUUAAGUAGAAAAGGUAACAUUUAUUACCAGCAACAUGUCCUGAACAGUGUCAUAUGUCCCUGACAGUGAGUGUGCAUGUGUGUGCGUGUGCAUGUGUGUGUGAGCCUAUGCGCACGUGCGUGUAUGUGUGUGGGUGUGGGUGUAUAGUGUUUGUGUGUAUAAUGUUUGUAUAGUGUGCCUGUGUGUGUGUGUGUGUGUAUAGUGUUUGUAUAGUGUGAGUGUGCAACAGUAUCAUAUGUCCCUGACAGUGACUGUGCGUGUGCGUGUACAGGAGCCUAUGCGCACGUGCAUGUAUGUGUGUGGGUGUGGGUGUAUAGUGUGUGUGUGUAGUGUGUGUGUGUAGUGUUUGUAUAGUGUGCCUGUGUGUGCAUAUAUAGUGUUUGUAUUGUGUGUGUGAGUGUAAUGUUUGUAUAUUGUGUGUGUAGUGUUUAUAUAGUGUGUAUAGUGUGUGUGCGUGUGUGCGUGUGUGCGUGUGUGCGUGUGUGUGUGUGUGUGUGUGUGCGCAUACAUGCGUGUGCCUUUGUAUUUGUGUAUUUGAUUGUGUUCACUGGUACCAUUCCCAGACACGUACCCACCUUGCCUACACAAGUGCAGAGUUGGAGUUGCUGCCCCAUUCUACUUUUAGCUGAAUUACAAGUGGCAGUUGGGAUUUCAAGGGCAUUGUAUGUGGACCUAUCUUUUAAACUGACAUAGAAAUAGUUCAGCAGCAGCAGUGACAAAAAAAAACCAAAUCUGUCAAAGUGUUUGGUGUGUGUUGACAACUGGCUCAUUGCAACAUCAAUCUUGCGCCUCUUGGUUACCUUGGUUACCCUGUCUGUUGAGCUGUGCUGUGGAGCAUGGGGGUGUGGCUUUACACUGUGAUGCGAUGCAGAAGUGACAGUUUGAAACGGGCCUACGCGGACGGGACACAAUCGCCAAGCGCGUUUUCAGGCCCACUGAAAAAUAACAGGCGGUCCCAAUGAGAGUGGAUUUUUCUGGACAUAAAUUACCCCACAAACAGGGUGACCGCCUGGACUCCUCUCACCUCUAUAAAUAAACCAAGCUUCACACUCACGCAAAAAAAGACCAGCCUUCAGCUGAAAUAUAAGCAUUAAGUUUCUUAUGCUGCAUAUGAAGAGAUACGAUAGGAAAUACAAACACGUUUGUUUUUCCUGCCCUGCAUUUUAGUAAAUGCCAAACGAUUCGCUGUGUCACAUGACCUUUGAGAUAAGCAGAGGAAACAUCCCCGGAGGACGCGGCAUGAUUGCGUGUGGUUUUAUAGCCAAUCAGAUUACCCUUAAAUGCUCCAGGGGCAUUUAUUAAGUAGCUGCUUUGUACUGAACAUAUGACAGAUUGCAUUUGCAUAUACUGAAACUGCCCAAAUGUCGUGAAACCAAAACAGAUUACUGAUUAUUAUGGAUUGUUUUCCCCUGAGGGGUGGGGGGUUGGGUUGUUUGUCUAAUCCCGAUACGCUCUUAUUCAGGAGUAACCCGCUGGGCAGCGCUGCCCCGAGGUGUGUGGAGUACUCCGCUCCUGUGCUCAGGAAUGCGUGUGUUACAUUCAUAAAAAUGUGAAAGAAUAUUGGGCCAAAAACUGCGUACAUACAGGUUUCCUGAGUUAAAUAUGCACAGUUUUAUUUGUAACCCUUUAACUGCCAAGUGAAAUGUGGGGCAUACAUAUUUCAUAUUUCAUGUGUUUCGUAUCUAGGAUAUGUGUUUCAUAUGUAGGAUAUGUAUGUCAUAUGUAGGAUAUGCAUUUCAUAUGGAGAAUUUAUAUUUCAUAUGUAGGAUAUGUAUUUCAUAAUGCUUUCUAGCUAAGGCUACAUAGAGUUACCAUUCCUCCCAGAAACUCAAUAUUAGAAAACACUGAACCCUUCUUUGCCCCAAUCUGUCUGUAUACUACAUGGUACAACAUGACUGUAGCUCAUGUAAAGUUGGCUGUUGACAUAGAAAGUAAUUGGCUCCUAAUUGUUAUAAUAUGGGUAAAUUAUCAACCAAUAAUUUACUAAUAAGAAAUUAAAGAAAGAUUGUUAUCUUCAGCAAACAAAAGCGCUGAUCCAAUAUCUGAGGUACAUGAGCAGAAAAUAAGAUAUUUAAGAAAUAUGAAGCCAGCCUUUCUUCUAAAAAUACAUUUUCUCUGUUAUGCAAAUCUUGUUCAAUCCAUUUCCAUACUUUGGCUCUGAAGCUUUAUGGUCAUUUAGAAAACAAAAUGUCAAAGGUAACCAUACUGAGCUUUAGAUAAAUCCAAGGGUGUGUCCAUUAUUAUCCAAAGUCGAUAUUAUCUGACCUUAAAUAUUUACUUGAGUACAUGCAAAAGUGUUGUCUUUAGGAAAUGCUCAGAAAAGUCCAAAUGCCUCUCCAGUCUCCGUAGGUAUUCCAGUGGAGUGCGUGUGAUGUGUUACUGCCCCCUCUGCCAUUCCCAGAACCUAACUGAAAAGAAAAUGGGCUUUUGGUUGCAAAGGAGCGCACAAGCUACUUAGCACAACUACCUAAUUACAUGCACAUAUAAAACAAAAUUACCAGUAUUUUUUAUUCCUCCAGCCCCCGCCCCCCCCCCCAAACACACACACACACACACACAGUUAUGGACAGGAGGAAAGUGCAUUAAGAUAGCUUGAUUUGAGGAAUUGCACACAGUUUUUAAUUCUCUUUCAUUUUUUUAAAUCUCAAGUUACACUGUGUAAGUUUGGUUAUUUGUUCUACAUUUUCUAUAUAAUACAAUAUAAUAUAAUGCAACUGACUCAAGAGCUAGUAAACACAGUUAAAUGUUUCACCACAGCAAUCCACUUUCUAAAUCUGCAGACUUUCAUAUUUAACAAAGACUGCCUACAGGAGCAUCGACAUUCCCACACUGUACCACAUCCUUAAUAUUGGAAUUAAGUGUUGGAAUUUAGAGUGUGAAAACUGAUCUAUUGCCAGCAUAUCUGAGAUUAUUUGAUUGUUGUGUUUUUAUGACAAUUAAUCCCUGGGGUGUCGUUUUUGUAAUAAGCACUUUGUAUUGCUGUGUACAACUGUAAUGUUAUAAGGUGAUACACUGUCCGAAAUCCAGUUUCUCUUGCUGAGCUCCUUCAGUGAAGUGUACUCUCGUUCUGUUGAAGGGUUGGUUUGUGCGGGUAAUCGCAGUAUGAAAUGUUCUUUUCCGUCCCAUGUGUCCACGUUUUGCGAUUCUUUCUGUUAAAUAAAGAUGCAGUACUUUCA